CACUGAGCGCUAAAGAAUGAGAAGAGCAAGAAGUGGAGCUGUGGAAUAAACACUUUAGCAUAAACAUGUAGCCACAUGGUUUUGUAUACAGAGUUUAAUUUAUAAUAACAAAUGGCGACUCCGGUAACUCCGGUAACUCCGGUAUCCUCGUUCACUGGAGAAUUAAAUAUUGUUAAGCAGUUACCACUCGCUCAAGCUAAAGGAAAGAAACGACCCGCCAGCCCAGCAGCUCAACCAGCAACACCGACCAACAGCAGCAACAACAAGAGGAAGAAAAUACCGCCGCUAUCAAGUACCAGUCAGAGUCAGAUAAUACCAGUUGAUUUGGCAGAUGGGAAGUUGGUUACUCCGGUGGAUGUCAUUGCAGAGCCCGUUGCAAAGCCUUUGUUCUUCAAGAACCCAAAUUUUGUGCAUUCUGGUAUAGGUGGGGCAGCAACAGGGAAGAAGAACAGAACAUGGAAGAAUCUAAAGCAGAUCCUAGCAGCAGAGAGAGCGCUGCCUUGGAAAAUCAGUGAUCCCAACUAUUAUAACAUAGAUACACAUCCUUCAUUGAUCCCUCCUAAAAAGUACUCAGAUAUUUCUGGAUUACCGGCAAACUACACAGACCCUCAGACUAAACUGCGCUUCACAUCAUCAGAAGAGUUUUCAUACAUCCGCCUUCUACCAACAGAUGUCGUGUCAGGGUAUCUGAUUCUACGAAAGGCGACCUGCGUUGUGCCCUGACGCAACUUCUUACAAGAUUGCACACAUGUACUGACAUGUUUUCCACUGUUACGGCACCUGUUCUUUUAAUAAUGUUCUGUAAUCAUUUAGGAACUGAAAACACCAACUGCUGUUAUUCAUAAAUGUAAAGUUUUCUCGUAAUUGUUUAAUAAAAUACUUUAUCUGCUCAACAGUCAA